AACUUUGCUUCGAUAUAGAAGUUGGUUGAUCUGUCGGUAUCAUAGAUGAUAGUAUUUUCCUUUUCUUUUUUCUGGUUGUUACCACUUAUCAUGAUGAGAUCCUCAGUGUAAAAAACCGGGUAUUGUGCAUCAUCCUUGUGGUGCUCUUGCAGUCCUAGGGGCAAGUUAGUUAUAGUUCACACGGCCAACUUAUUCAAUGUCUUGAUAGUUUUGGAUUUUACACAUGCUUUGUCUAAAAAAUAGCAAGAUUUUCUCACAUGUAACGUUCAUCACACACAGGUUUUAUGCAGGCACUGUUAAAGCUUUUGAUCCUGAAACAAAGAAACAUGAGGUUUUGUAUGACGAUGAUGAAAUAGAGUUCUUGAAUCUGAGAAAAGAAAAAUGGAAACUGUAUGGUGAUGAGCAGUCUCUACAAAAACAAGUAGCUUCAUCUCCUUCCAGAGAACUUAUCAAGACUAAAGAAAACACAAAAAGAAAAGUAGGCACGUUGAAGAAACAGCAACAGCAUCCUGCCUCAUCAUCUAAAAGAUCAAAAGGUGAAAGCCAUGCCCUCAGUAAAUCCGAAGACACUUCUUCACCUGGCUUUCAUCAAGUUGCUACUGAACUUGGCGAAGAGACUUGUGAACCAAACGCCUCAGCAAAGGAUGGUGGGCGGAAUCGUGUGGGCAAGGAAGAGUCUGAAAUUUUGAUCAAGAAAAUGCAGGGCGACCACAUCCAAGAAGAUGAAAAAAAUGCCUUUCCUUGACAAGAUUCAAUGGCUAGGACGAACCAUUAGCCCAUGAAGCUUCGAGCACGUGACAAGCCAGGAAGCAGCUGUAGCCGCCUUCUUUUAAUUGACACUUUAAUCCUUUGAUAGCUAUAGAGUUAGGUCCUGCUUCUUGCAGUUGCACAGGGUAUUUUGCUUGUGGUUUUGGGUCUUGGCGAGGGCCAAAAUGGCAAUAUCACCUUCUAGUUGGUAAUUCUCGUUCAUCAGUUUUUGUUUUUUAUUGUUUGAUAGUCACAUGCUUGUAAUCUGAAGAAACUAAUUUUCUAAGAAAUGAAAUUACACUUGGUAACUGAAAA